UACAGGAUUAGGAGAGCUUGCUGCACGAGCUGGCUGCUUGUAGCGUGGAGGCGAAAUUAGAGACAUUCAGAGAGGAGGUCGCUGGAGUACGGUUUUUUUCUCUAAAGUUAUUAAAAGACCCAGAGAAUCAAAAUAGGGCUUGUCGCGUUUAUGGAAGCUGACUACACACUUGGAGAAAACUGUUAAAUGAUAUGAAACUGCUGAACAUCGUGGGAAAAAGCUUCUGACUCGGGCUCGCUGGCUUUUGCUAGCUAACAGUUAGCUCCAGGAGCUUCUUGGCUAGCGAGGUCCAGCCCAAAAUUUGUUUAUCUCGAGUGGAUGUGGUCACCCCCGAUCUGUUGACGACUUUUCUCUGUGCAAAGAAAACAAGAACCAAUAAUCCACACUGGCUUUAACACCGUGCGCUGUCAGGAAACCAGCAGGAUGUCCACCGAGGUUGAGUGUAGCCAGGUUGACUCGGGUUUGACAGCGAGCAGCUCCAGCGGGGUGCAGGACAAAAAACAAAACAAGUCAGAAGGGGCUCACCUGCACAAAGAACAAGAAGAUCUGGGACAGAGAAGCUCGGAAAAACAGCAAGUUGACGGCCACAAACCCGAGACGACCAAGAGCCAAGCGGACACGCAUAAGAAAAGCAAAGAAAACGAUAAAGAAAACGAACAGAGCGGUAACGCUGACUCGGCUGUUGAGGCGGUGAAGAAGAAAGUUGUUGAAGCUCCUCCACCGAAAGUCAAUCCAUGGACAAAAAGAACCACGGGCAGAGUACCGAUCAACAACAUCAACUCUAGCUCUCAAGAGACAGAUCAACAAACUGCUUUGAAAGUCGUCCGAGCCAGCAAGCCCAGACCGAAAAAAUCCAGCAAGUCCAGUGACUUCAGUGAUAUCACAAACUGGCCCACACCCGGAGAACUUGCUAAAGAGCAGCAGCAAAAUGUCCUCGGCAACAAUGGAAAGAAGCAAACCUCCCACAAAGAAAGGGACAAGAGAACAGAGCGACCGGACAGAAGGUCAGAGAGCAGCCAUGAUGGAGGUGAGAGCAAAGAGAACCAGGAGGCUCAUCUGGACCCAAUGGAAGAGCCCUCUAAGGAAGGAGAAUCGAAACCAGGACAGGAUUCAAAGAGCACCAGCCUGAAGAAGAGAGGAGGUGAGGGUAACAAACGUAAGUGGGUUUCUCUGCCACUGGAGGAAGUUUCCCGGGAUGAUGCAGACAUGACAUCUGGUGGGUACCCAGCUCAGUUGGACACAGAUCCCAUCCGCGACUCGUCAGAUCCCACAUCGCCCAGUCAAAUGGUUCAUGGUAACAGAGCCCAGUAUGACAGCCGGAGUUGGAGAGCCGAGCCACGGGACCACGGAGACGAUGCUGGUAGCAUUCGGAGUGACGCUGGCACUGGUCGUGGAGGAAUACGAGGCAGGGGGAAAGGCCGUGGACGUGGGCGAGGUCGUGGACGAGGUCGGUAUGAAUACUCGCUGAAUUACAGAGACACUCGCACGUCAGAUGGCUCGGUUCAGGUCCCUACAGAGUUUGGUACUAACAUGGUUUACUACUACGACGAUGGCAGCAAGGUCCAAAUGUACACAGUGGAUGAAAAGCUUCUUAAGGAAUACAUCAAGCGGCAAAUUGAAUACUACUUCAGCAUCCACAACCUAGAGCGGGAUUUCUUCCUGAGGAGAAAAAUGGAUGCACAGGGCUUCCUUCCUAUUUCUCUCAUCGCAAGCUUCCACAGAGUGCAGGCUCUUACCACUGAUGUCAACCUCAUUAUGGAGGCUCUAAAAAGGAGCACAGAAGUGGAGCUGUUAGACGACAAGAUACGCUGUAAAAUAGAGCCUGAUCGCUGGCCCAUCCCUGCCCCCCCCAUAGUGGGUUCCCCUCACACCGACUUCUCCCAGCUCAUCAACUGCCCCGAAUUUGUUCCUCGGCAGAACCUUAACCCAAUCAAUGCUGCUACGUCGCCUGUGAAGGAGCCUCUGGUUGAAUCAGCGCAGCUACAGGAAUCGGCUGAACCCAGUUCCUCCAACCAGGACUCUCCCCCAGCCUCAAACAACUCCAAAGACGCCAACACGCCUGACCCCGAGGCCUGGAUCCAGGUGGAGAAACGGCACCGUCAGAACAGUGGGAAAUCAAAGCACGACAGUGAUGAUGUGUGUGCUGCUGGCCCCUCUCCUCCCUCAGAGCUUGAACCUGACCUCAUCUCGUCUGCAGGAGAAUCCAAGGCACCUCCUCUGAGCAAUCAGCUACCUCCCCAGACUGAGCCAGACCAGGAGGAGCUGGACUUCAUGUUUGAUGAGGAAAUGGAGCAGAUGGCGCCCAGGAAGAACAAAUUCACUAUCUGGUCAGAUGAAGACGACUCAGACUACGAGCUCGAUGACCAAGAUGUCAACAAGAUCCUCAUCGUCACCCAGACUCCUCCCUACCUUCGCAAGCAUCCUAGUGGCGAUCGAACUGGCAACCACGAGUCCCGAGCCAAGAUCACAACUGAUCUGGCCAAAGCCAUCAACGAUGGGCUGUACUACUAUGAACAAGACCUGUGGGCGGGGGAGGAGCAGAUCGAGUGUAGCAAGCAGGAUGUGGAGAACUUCAAGAAGCUGAACGUCAUCAGUAAAGAUGAAUUUGACACUCUCGCUCCGAAAGUGCCUGUUGACCCGAACCAGGAGGUCCCACCUCCUCCCAUGCCAGUGAACAGUGGAGCAGAACUGGCUCACUCUCUCCCCACAACGGUCCCAGAGUCCCCCAGCACUUCUCAACCUCGGACCCCCAGAACACCUCGCACGCCUGGACGCCAGGACCCCAACAAGACUCCACGCUUCUACCCAGUUAUGAAGGAGAGUGGCACCGUUGAUGGGCAGAUGCCAAGGAAGAAGAAGACCCGCCACAGUUCAAACCCCCCCCAGGAGGCCCACAUCGGUUGGGUGAUGGACUCUCGUGAGCACCGACCACGCUCUGCAUCCAUCAGCAGCUCCAACGCUUCUCCAUCAGAAGGAGCUCCGCUGUCAGGAAGCUACGGCUGCACUCCCCAGUCUCUACCCAAGUUCUGGCAUCCAUCCCAUGAGAUGCUGAGAGACAACGGCUUUACUCAGCAGGGAUAUCAUAAGUACCGCCGAAGGUGCCUUAAUGAGAGGAAACGGUUGGGGAUCGGCCAGUCUCAGGAGAUGAACACUCUGUUCAGGUUUUGGUCCUUCUUUCUCAGGGACAACUUCAACAGAAAGAUGUAUGAGGAGUUCAAACUGUUUGCACUUGAAGAUGCCAAAGAAAAUUACAGGUAUGGAUUGGAAUGCCUCUUCAGAUACUACAGCUAUGGCUUGGAGAAGAGAUUUAGGUUAGAUCUCUUCAAAGACUUUCAAGAGGAGACCCUGAAAGACUUUGAGAAAGGUCAGCUGUACGGACUGGAAAAGUUCUGGGCCUUCCUGAAGUAUUCAAAGAUAAAGAACCAGCCCAUUGACCCAAAGCUGCAGGGGCACCUCUCCAAGUUCAAGAACCUGGAGGACUUUAGGGUGGUGGUGAGUGUUUGUGAAAUCUUCUUUUUCAUUUGAGUUGAAUGUUCUGCCAGCGAGAAACAAUCAGAGAUGCAGUAAACAAAUGUUUCAUUGUCGCAAAAUAAACUAAAAAUGUAUCAAACCAAAUUUGAUGUGAUCCUUAUCUGCAGCCACCAAUAGGAGAGGAGGGAGGCAGGAGGAGACGCCACUCGUCCUCGGCUGGGGACGAAGGGAGGCGUCGGCGUCAUCCUUCCAACACUACCUCAAAGCAGGGCUCUAAAUCCUUCAACGCGCCCUCUCAUCCUACAGCCACCUCCUCCACACAGAGUUCAGCCAAAGACAGCACCCAGAAAACAGCAGCGGCACCAACCAACCACGGCAAAAAGUCUGACAGCAGAUUGUUGAAGAAAGAUGGCGUUUCACCUAACAAAUGAAGCUCCCUCCUCCCGGUGAGAGCUUCAACAUAUAAGGCUUGUGGAGAGAAGUGGCAGCUGCUCUCAGAUUACGUUGUGCUCUUUUCAGAAGCAAACCGUUUGGAUAUAAAGAGGCUGAGCGUGGUUGACUUCAUUUGAUUGUUUUUACCAGUGAAUUUCAGUUUCAAGGAAACAAACCUAGGCAGUAAGCUUGAAUUUAUUUGCCCGACAGCUCAUAACGUUUACAAAACCAACAAAAAAAAAAAAAUGCAUUCCCCGCAUUUUGCCUUUUAUCUCUCAGAUGCCAAACUCUUUGAGUACAUUGAUCGCUGUAAACCGCUCCGAUCUUUAAAGAGCCGUUGAACUGUGAUUGUAGUUUGCCAAGGUGAGAGAUACUGCAGAUAGUAUUGUGCCUUUAUCUUAUCCAUCAUGAUGUCAGGAGUGUGUUCAGUUUUUUAUUUUUUUUUUGAAGGUCUUCCUUCUUGUUUGGGGUUGGAAGGAGUCUAAAAGUGAUGCUACUUGCAGGUUCCACACCCCCAACAUCUACCGUUUUCAUGGCGACAAUCAGGUUGACGAGUGCAGCCAUAUAAUUGGUGAAGGACUGACUCUGAGGUUGCCUCUCUUUAACAGAUGUUUCUCAGCCUGACUGCAACAUGUCACAGCUAAACUGUGUUUUUUUAAUUCAAAAGCUGCAGAAAUCAUCCCUUUAUUUUUCUGGGAAGCUUUAAGUCCCAUUUUACACCCAGACAUAGCUUAAUUUAUUGUUUUAUUUUUAUUUUUCCAUUGACUUGAUUUGAUAUAAUAGUCUUAGGUGAUCAUUACAGUUUUUACUUGCUUGUGCAUUGAAUAUAAUACAAAAAAGAAAUGUUUUUGCUGGAAUUAUGGGUGUAAGCUAGUGUCAUAAAACUACAGUAUAUUUUAGCCUAAAGUUUACUUCAUAUUAUGUUUGAGGCUUGGUGCUCCAGAGCACUUUAAAUGUUAACUUUCCUUUACUUCAUUGGACAAAAGUUUGAAUUGAAUUAAAACAAAAAAAAAUGUAAAUACUAUAAAAAUCAUUUACUAUUCCAUUAUUCAUUUGAUUUGAAGAAGUGAUUUGUUAUCAGUAGUGUGUUUGAGUGUUUCAGGAUAAAGUGUUGCAUGUUCUUGAAUUGUAAAAUGCCAAAAAAAAAUCUAAAAUAAAUGAUUGUAUGAACUUG